AUGUUCUUGCGCGACAACGAGCUGGCUCGUGGGGGCAGGCGCGGCGACCGCGCGCGUGUGCUGCAGCUGGCGAGAGAGCAGCGAGAGGCACGUGGCCGACGCAAGGAGCAGGAGACGGCAGCCAAGCAGCUGCAGGCGUUUGUGCGUGGGCGUCUCGCUGCUCGACGCUUACGGACGCACUCGCGAUCCGAAUUUGACCAAAAACUGGGCGACAUUGCGAAGUUGAAGGUUAUUUUGCAACUGCCCCACAUGCCGCUGCCUUACGACGCACUUUUUGAGUUGCUGCGUUUGAUGCUGUCCUUCUACACUGGAAGUGGAGAAGAUGCAGACAGGUUGCUGCAGUUGAGCUCACUAUUUGCAGACACGCUGGUUGCUUCUUCAGACGGGAUCAAAGGGAACGAGGGGAUGCAGAGAGACUGGCAACUGCGACGACUCGUUGAUUUGUGUCUGCAAUGCAGCAGUGCGUCGUCAUCUACAGUAGAAGUGUCUGUGGGGUUUAAGACCGUGCGGGUAUUGAUGGAUGCCUUGCCGGAGAUCCAACAGUACAUGGUUUCUGGUCGGUUGGUUGUGUUCGACCCCCGGAAGGAGCUAUACAUCGAGAUGCCCAAAGCUUCGGUGACUCAAAUUGUCCGACAGCAACUGGUUUUGACACGGGGCCAGGUCCCGAUGUCGGCCAAUGUGAAAGAGACUCCGUAUUGCAAUGCGUUGGUAACUUUUGUGGUGCAUCUUCUUACGACGACAAGUGGCAUUCUUGAGGCAUUUGUGAUGGAAAUCUUUUCAGUGCCUCUGUUGAACCAAGUGGUAGCAAGUGACCGACUGCUCCAACUUACGAACUUGUCGUUGUGGAAUAGACUGCUUAGUGCUGGACUGCACUUGUCCGUAUUCGACUUCCCCGCCUCACCAGUUACUGGGAUUGCAUCUGAAGCCUGGUUUCUCGGAAACAUUCUUUGGAUAUCUGACCGUGUGGAGGGUAAAACCGACACUAUCGUUCUGAAUGAGGUUCAGCUCCUCUCAAAACUGCUGCAAUCUGUGCCACCAGCAACGUACGCUGCUUCGGGAGUGGCUGUGUCGUGGACAAAAGUAUCCGAGUCUCACUCCGUGCCCGUGGUGUUCCCAGAAGCUUUGAACGAGCAGCUACAAAUUUUGGUUAAUGACCACUAUCUGCGCUCAAUGUGUAAUCACCUCCUUUCGUUUUCUCCGAGCGCUCUUCGCCACCCGCUGGCGACACAACGACCGACGCCGAUGUGCCCCGAAGCGCCAACAAUUGCGGAACAAUUUGGGUUCGGUGAUAUCGCAUCUGCGUCUUCGUUGUCAACUUCACUUUCGGUAACGUGGCAGAAGGUGAAAUCAAUUGGCAAGGCGACGUGGGCUCGGAAUUUGUUCGAGAAAGCUGGAUUACGGCGUAGACGAGAGAGCGACCAAGAGGUUAAUGCCGUCGAGGAUGCUACUCAGUUGCAGAAUACUUCCAGACAAGCGCGUCAAAUUGCUGCAAACGGCGUUGAUGAUAAGAGAAAAUCAAGAAGCUCAACAGUUCAGCGUACAGCAACGAAGAAGCUGUACGAAAGCUCGGAACCUUUCGUGCUGGAUAACAUUAAGGCACUGUCAUGCUUGUGCGGGACAUUCCUGUUUCGGUGGGGAAAUGAUGGUGGAAAGCGGCAGUCCUACGCAAUGCGCUUACUCAACACAUUGGCGUUCUAUCAUGUGGAGAUUGUCGAGACUGAAGAAGAUGAAACGCAGAACGUGUCUCUGGUUCGAAUGCUGUGGUGUGUACUGCAAGACAUCAGAAAUUUUGAAGACUUCGCCAAGAAUGUGGACUUGAUUCAUGCGCGCAGUUCAGACCCGUAUGUGUGCAUGUUGGUGCUGUUUUGUAUGUUAUACGAACAUCUACUGGUUGUUAUGGAUGACGAAGAGAUGUACGAGCAAGAGUACCCGCUGCCUCUUUGCCAGAUCGAGCGGAUUGUAGUGAGUCUGAAGCAUGCGCUUCAUGAAGCGUAUUGGAAUUACGCCAAUCUCGCUCCAUCUUCUGAAUCCGUUGCGUUUGGCAUGUUUGUCGUGGAAAUGGCGACUCGUUUGAUGCGAGUUCUCUAUAAUCGGUGUUCUCGUCAGCCUUUUUGCAAUGUCUCGAGCUGGAUCAUUGCCGAGUUGGAUAGCAACCAAUUGAUUGAAGAGGUUUUGCUGGGCACACCUCGAGCCAACAAGCUAAUCCAAUCGAUGCCAUAUCUGGUACCUUUUAGUGACCGGGUCAAAUUAUUCCAACGACUCGUCAAGGCCGACAAGGAAAUCCACCAGAAUGAAAGCUGCUCGGUGUACCCGAUCCCUGCGGGUUUCUUUGACGAUUCCUUGGCCGACGCCAAGGCCCGCAGUGUGGACGUGAAGCAGCUGGCAGAAAAACAGCUCGAGUCCGAGUGGGAAGCAUUUCAAGAGUUUGCAGCCGAGGUAGAGCAGCAGUCGGUCCAGGAGGAGAAGCAACAGGUGGAGGAAACCAAGGAGCGCGAGGCGGUCGAGCAGCUCGAGAAUAUGGAGUACGUCGACAGAUACCGUGUGAUACUGGAGCGUGCAACCAGCCUUCGCAGCGGAGACAAGAAGCGCAAAGCAGAGAAACGGAAGCGAGACAGAGGCAUCGACGACGUGGUUGAGGAAGACGGCGAGACAGGAGCCUCCAGUACCGUCGAGACAACGCUGGAAGAGGACACGAAGAAACAUAAGAAGGCAAAGAAGCAGCACUCAGACGACGACUCUGACGAUGACUUUGACCCGUGCAACUGGAGGUCUCGUGGCAUCUAACAUUUCAAUGAACACAUUGACAAUUGGU